AUGCACGUAGUCAGUGAUCUCCAGAAGCGACCCAACAAGGGCCGGCUGAAGUGCGAGAAGCGCAUCAUCCCGCUGUACGACAUCUGCUCCGUCAUCCAGCUGGUCUGCUUGGUGUUGCACACAACCCGACUCGUGAUAGCCUGCCGCCGCACAUUCGUCCACUCUGUCUGGUCGCGUAACCCGCUCGAGCUCGUGCCGUCGCUGGCGUGGCGUACGGCCACGUGUGAAUACGAAGCGCGGCGCGGCUCCCUCUACGCUUUCCAACAAGUCCACGUGCUGCUCUCUUCCUCGAAUGCCAAUGAAGUCUUCGCGGACCACGCCACCUAUAUGUGCCUUGCAGUGUAUCUCUCUGCCUUCGCACUGGCAUUGGGCAUUGCGAACCGGCAGGCGGUUGAAGCGAACUUCUACAACUGGACGUGGCGGAACUUUGUAGUGUACAAGGACCUCAUUGCGGCCACGGAAUUCGCCCUGCUGUGCGUCGUGCUGCGGACUGCUCUCAUGGCGAAUGUGGCGGGAAGCCUGCUGCAGGACUACCUCCGGCACUGUGGUGUCGUCUCGGAGUCAUUUCUGCCCUUCUGCGGCUCAACGCCGCUCUUUCUGUUCGUUUGCGCGGGGUUCUUGACGUACGUGGCGGGCGGCGCCGUGUACCUCUGGAACGCGCUGCCAAAGUACGGCAUUAUGACGGAGGACGAGAUACGUGACUACAAGGAGUGGCUGCGCGAGCGGCGCGCGCAUGUAGAGGAAGCGAAGCGCGUUGCAGAGGAGGCGAAACGCGCGAGUAUGCGGCUACAGCUUAUCAUUCAGGCGGAGGACAUGCCGCAUAAAAACAAUCCCGCACUGCCGCUCUCUUUAGCUAAUUCUGCGCGCCUUGAUAUGACCAUGGGGAACGGCAGGUCCAUGCGGCAUGACGCGUCGAUGCGGCGUGACAUGUUUGGUACGUACCAUCCAAAUCUCUCGGCGUCGCACAACACGGUGCCGGUCAACAUGCCCCGACGCCGCGACACAUUGGCACCCCGGCAGCAGCAGCAGCAGCAGCAGCAAUCAUUGCGAGCGACGGAGUUUUCUCCACACACCGUUGAAGUGCCACUUUAUGCUACAUACACCGGUGGCGCGUCGUUUUACUCCCCACGUGACUAG